AUGCCUUCAAUAGACGUGCUUCCCCCUCCGGGGAUCCCGAUGGAGCCGCCGAUAGAGGAGCCCCAGGCUCCUUCUGCACCCGUCAUUGGCAUUAUUUAUCCUCCGCCAGAAGUGAGGAAUAUUGUGGACAAAACUGCUAGCUUCGUAGCUCGAAAUGGACCGGAGUUUGAAGCCCGUAUCAGACAGAAUGAGCUUGGAAACCCUAAAUUCAAUUUCCUCAACUCUGGAGACCCGUACCAUGCUUACUAUCAACACAAAGUUAAAGAAAUCAGGGAGGGGAAGGGUCCAGACCCAGGUGCCCCAGCGAUGAUGGGUAUGCCUGCCAUCCAGCGCCCUGGUCUUGCGCCUGCCACUGCAGCUCGUCAGCAAGAACUAUUGAAAGCCGCCGCGCCAGCUGAGCCCCCACCACCACGUGACCCUCCACCAGAGUUUGAAUUCAUUGCAGACCCUCCUUCUAUCUCAGCACUUGAGCUUGACAUAGUUAAACUGACCGCACAAUUUGUGGCUAGGAAUGGGCGUCAGUUCCUUACCGACUUGAUGAAGAAGGAAGAAAGGAACCAUCAGUUUGAUUUCCUUCGCCCGCAACACUCACUGUUUCAGUACUUUACUCGGCUGCUAGAGCAGUAUACGAAAGUUUUACUGCCACCAAAAGAACUAGUAUCGAAGCUAGCUGCUGAGGUACGAAGCGGAGUAUUGGAGCAAGCUCGCAGCAGAGCUGCCUGGCAUUCUCACCAAGCCCGUCGUAAGGCGGCUGAUGAAGCCAAAAUCGAGAAAGAACGCCUCGCAUAUGCUUCCAUUGAUUGGCAUGACUUUGUUGUAGUAGAAACUGUGGACUAUCCAGCAGGUGAGCCUGGAGAUUUCCCACCUCCGACGACACCUUUAGAAGUAGGCGCUAGGGUAUUAGCACAGGAGAGAGGUGAAGACAUUACACAUGGAAAUGAAGAUGAUGAUACAGAGAUGCAGCUGGAAUCCGAGUCGGAGUCCGAGACAGAUGAUGAGCUCGCAGAGAUGGAAGACCGAACACAACAACAACAGCGGCCAGAUGAUAACCGUGUGCAGGAUAUGGAAGAAGAGAGCUCGUCUUCAGAUGAUGAAGGACCUGCAGAUAGUGGGCCACGGGCACCUGGAGAUGAGGCACCAUUACCUCCACGACCAGAUCGCGUGGUUGUCAAGAAAUACGAUCCCAAACGCGCCAGACCUCAACCUACACCUGCUUCAGAAGAAUGGCUGGUGUCGCCUAUCACCGGAGAGAAGAUCCCGGCGAACAAAGUGGCUGACCACGUGCGCAUCGGUCUGCUAGACCCGCGCUGGUUGGAGCAGCGAGACCGCGCGGCUGCUGAACGUACUGACAGGGACGAGGCCCUCGCACCCGGAGCUGCUAUUGAAGCUUCACUUAAACAGCUCGCGGAACGUCGUACGGAUAUCUUCGGUGUGGGUGACGAAGAAACUGCCAUCGGUAAGAAGAUCGGAGAGGAAGAGAGAAGGAGAGACGACCGGGUCACUUGGGAUGGACACACUUCUAGUGUGGAAGCUGCCACACGAGCCGCGCGGGCGCACAUCACACUCGAAGACCAAAUUCAACAGAUACACAAGGUCAAGGGUCUACUCCCUGACGAAGAAAAGGAAAAGAUUGGUCCGAAGCCAGUAGGUCCACCGGGCGUGACCCGCGUGGCCCCGCCACGCGUGGCUCCGGCCCCGCCCCCGCGCCCACCGCCAGCCGCCCCCGCGCCCCCCGCCCCGCAGCCUGUCCUGCUGCAGCCACUGCCGUCACUGAUGGUGUUGCCACCGAUGGCUCCCCGACCACCACUCAUUCCCACACCUGUUGGAGCCGUCACCGCGGUUGGUCCUGUUGGUGCUGUAGCUGCGGUGAGUGCGGGAGGGUUCCCGUUCGGCGCGGUGGCCCCCGUGGAGGAGGAGGAGGGUCCGGCCGCCAAGCGACCGCGCACUGAGGACGCACUGGAACCUGAGCACUCCUGGAUGGCCAGGCAUCCCGGGCCAGUACCACUACAGGUGGCACUACCAUCCCUCCCGGAGCGUACAGAGUGGCGGCUGGACGGGCGCGCGCUGCCGCUGAGCGUGGCGCUGUCGACGACGGUCGCGGAGCUCAAGAACAUUCUGCAGCGCUCCACCAACAUGCCCAUUGCCAAGCAGAAGCUGCAGUACGAGGGUCUGUUCUUCAAGGAUACAAACACACUAGCAUUCUACAACGUCCCGCCCGGAGCCAUCCUACAUCUGCAGGUCAAGGAGAGAGGUGGACGGAAGAAGUAG